UAAAGUAGUUGAUAAUAACCAAACUGGUUAGUUUACUGAUGGUAUUUAAAUAAUUAAACUUUUUCAAGUUGAAUUGCAUAUUUCUAAAGCUAAAGUUUGGUCAAGAAAAACAAAAGCCUUUUGACGUGAAGUGAACUGUUCACCACUCCCCUUUCUAAUAAAUCCCCCUACAUAAGAAGCGGCCAAACUGAGACAUUGUUGUAUGCAGAAUGGAGAACUUCAUGCAGAUAACAGCUAUACUUCUCUGCAGCCAAAGUUGGAUCUGUGAGUCUCUAACUGUGGAGGUUCAUCCUGGUGAGGACAUCACUCUGUUCUGCUCCAACCUUUCUUCAUCUCCAACCCAGACAGACUGGUUCAGAGUGAUUAAUGGAACCAAACCCAGCUGCAUCUCCUCCAUGUACGGUCCUGAAGGUGAAGCUUCGUACUGCCAUGGAUUCCAAAGUGAAAAAUUUAACAUGAGCUCCAACGUGACGACUGUCUUUCUUCACAUCAAACAAGUGGACCUGAUGGACUCUGGAUUGUAUUUCUGUGGAUUUUAUAGAAAGAAACAUACAGUUGUUGGCAGUGCAACAGAGUUAAUCAUUAAAGCUCAUGAAGACUCCAAAGAUGAGGAGGAUUCUGAUAAUAAAAAAGCUGCUGACCAACUGAUGGACCUGAUGCCUGGGAUUUUAGGUGCUCUGACUGCUCUUCUCUCUGUAACAGUCGUUGUUCUGGCUGUUAAAAACAGGAGACUGGAGAGAGCUUCAAGCUUAAAGCUGCAAAAAGAAAGAAACAAGACUCUGGGCUCUUCUGACCUUCACUCUUCUCUGCUGAGGUUCUUUCCAAAGACUGAACAAAUCAUGAAGGCGACAAAACACAUCGCAGUGGAGACUCAUGUUCAGUAUACCAACAGCACAUAAAUAUCUUGUAUAUUUGGCUGAAAAUGUUUGUGGUGAGAAAGUUAAUUCAAUGCAGUUUAUUUGUAUCUGAAUUAGAGACAAAACUGUUAAAUGUCUAUUAGCUAGUAUUUAAAAAAUCUAGUUAAACUGUAUCCAGUUACUUUAUACAUCCCUACGUCAAUGAAUGAUUUUUAUUUUUGUUAUGCACAAGAAAUUAUUUCAUGUUGUAUAAAAAGGGCUCACAUUAGACACAUGCAAUGAGGAAACUGAGACUGAAAGUCAUCUGGGCUCCUGGAGGUCUGGGGGAUGGGCAGGGGAGAUAAACAUCAGCUCAUUUCACAGGAAGAGGCAGCCCACUGUGGUCAAGUGCAACUGAAAUCAGCAGGUCUGCAAGAUAAUGAAAUCAAAAGCAGACUAAACUCACCGAGUCAUUUUAGAUUAAAUAUCAGCCUUUGUGUUUAUGAAGUUAUUGUUAAUGUAAUAAAAGAAAAUUAGCAAUCAUCA